AUGGAUAAUUCAAACAAUUGGAUUAAAUUUGAAAAAUUACUGAAUUUCGAAAAAUAUUUAUUACAAAUUUUUGGCUUGCUUUCAAUGAAAACAUUAUUUCUGAAUAAACCAUAUGUGAAAAAUAUUUACGGCACAUUUAUUUUUUCCAUUUCUCUCACCGUAAUAAUUAGUCUGACUUUUUUGAAUAUUAUAUAUGUUAUAUCAGCUUGGGAAAAUGAUAUUGACUCUGUGAUGAUUAUGGUUCCAGUAGUUUUCGGUCAAAUUAUAGCUAUUCCAAAAGGAAUGAUUAUUUGGUUUUACCAGGAAGAUUUAUACAAUGUUUUAGAUAAUUUACAAGAAAAAUGGAAUAAAUCAUUUACUCGGACUGAAAUUCACGAUCAAAUUUUAGAACAAGCCAUAAAAAUUACUAAAUUUCGUAAUAUAUAUGUUUUUAUAUUCACGAUUUUAUUAAUAGUAUAUGUUUAUUCACCAAUUAGUACAAUCCUCAUUUAUUUUUACAAAAAUACAAAUGAAUCAUUUGAUUUUAAUCAAACAAUGUGGCCAUCGGAUAUUUAUCAAAUUAAAAUUAAUACUUUUUUAAAAUAUAUUUUUAUUUCAACUAUUGAAAUAUAUCACGCAUAUAUUUAUAUUCUUUAUUGCCAGGUUGGCGAGAUUUUUUACAUUCAAAUGUUCACACAUAUAUCAAUACAAUUUAAAAUUUUGGCAAAUGAUAUAAUUACAACAGUUAAAACAGACAGAGAUAGCAAUAGUAAAACUCUAUCAAUGGAAUUAAAAUAUAUUAUUAUGCGCCAUCAGGAAUUGUAUAAAUUGUUUGACUUAAUGAAUGAUAAAUUUUACAGUUCUGUUAUAUUUUCAUCAUUUGUAAUAGGAAGUAUAAAUAUGUGUUUCAACAUUUUUCAAUUUCAAAGAGCUUUCAAUCAAGGCAACUAUUUUGCUGCUUCUAGAUCUUUAAUUUUAACAUUAUCAAUAUUUUUUGAAAUGACUUUAUAUUGUAUUCAAGCUGAAAUUAUUUGUGCAAGUGCUGAAUUGAUUCCAGAAUCUGUUUAUAAUAGUCAAUGGUCAAAUAUUGAUAAAAAUUCAAUGCUAACAUUACAGAUAAUCAUGACAUGUUCUCAAAAAAAAUUAACGUGUGGUGCUUAUGGGCUUGUGAAUAUUGAUCACGAACAAAUAACUCAAGUUUGCAGAAGAACUUUUAGUUUUUUUGUGUUUCUUGAUUCGAUACAAUCGUAG